UAAUAGGUGUCCUUAAUUGCGCCUGUCCAGAAAUUGAUUUGCUGACGUGUAGGGGGAGGCGAGAGUGGGGGGUGGGGCUUCCGGAAAUCGUACGUCGCUGCGUGUUUCGAUGUUCUGAGGAGAAAGAAGGACUUGAUUUUGAACGAUGAGUAUCGAAGUGGAGAGAAAGUUUGUAUGCAAUGCCAACAGUCUGAAAACUCUGGAAGAAAUUGGAGUCUGUGUCCGUCAGCACCAGUUCCAAGACCGAUACUUUGACACCCCACAAUUUGACCUCACUUUAAGAGACGUGUGGCUGCGUCAACGUGAAGGAUGCUGGGAACUCAAGUGUCCAACCGCAAUAGUCAAAGGAGGGCAAGAGUUACAAGACGAACCAUCAGAAGCAGCCACGUUAUGUACUCGCUACAAAGAGAUAACCAAUGUGGCCGAUAUUCAUCUGAAGCUGAAAGAGGUUCUAAAAGACAUUGGUGAAGAAAACAAGUCCCCAAUAACUGCUGAAUGCUGUCAGACUUUAACUGACCACCAUGGUCUUGGCAAGGCAGAAAUGAACUGUGUGCCAGAAGACGGUUGGGCGAGUGCUAUGAAUCUGGUAUGCUUUGCAGAGUUUACCACAAUGAGACGGACAUUCACUUUAGAAGAGGAUGGCGUGAACGUAGAUCUGGACGACGCAGACUUCGGCUACAGUGUAGGAGAAAUAGAAGUCCUCAUACCAGAGGGAGGAGAUAUGCAGGCUGCCCUGGACAAGAUUCACAGAACUGCAAAGAAGCUUGGUGUGGCUGGAGAUCAGGCAGUUGAUGGGAAAAUGUCCGUUUACCUUCAAAGAAACUUCCCUGCACACUACGCAAGACUACUGAGUCAACACAUUUUGCCAACCAACUUGCCGCAAUGAAGAGUCAUCGGCAGUGCUGUUAUUUAAUCGUUGAAUGUAUUUAAAUAGAAUGCAAGUGAGACAAUAAAUAUGUUUUCCGCUUUUA